UAUUAGUAUACCGGAAGUGAAGUUUUACAACACACGUGAAAUCUGUUUCAAGAAAUCUCAAUAAGAGUAGCACAAUCAACGAAAUGGGUACUUGAUAACUCCAACAAUUUACUCCAGUAUAAUACGGAUUGGAAGGAGAAAUUUAAAUUCCUUGUGUAUGAUACAUUCAUCCUACAGUGACCAUUUUAACAUGCAGAUGAAAAUGGAAGACAUGGCAGCUGAUAAUGUUGAUGAACAUUCCUCUAUAAAAAAUGAUCUCAGCUUUUUUAAAGCACAGUUGGCUACAAUUGACAGUUCAGUGUUCAGUACAGGUUCAAAAGAUCUUCAAGAUUCUGAUUCAACGGACGAUGACCAAGUUAAACCCAGCAGUAGAAAACAAGAUGGAGGAGACAAGUUUAAUACAGAAUCAUCAAAUAGACAAAUGGAUCUAGAAGAGGAACAUGAAGAGCCUUAUAGCAAACUCAAAGAAAAACAUAAACAUAAAAAGUCCAAGAUGAGUAAGCAGAGAAAGCUGAAAACCGAUGCCCGCCUAAUCAACGUAAUCACUCCUCGUCAGGAACAGCUGCAACAGAAACUCCGGGCUAGGAUAGAGGAACUGCAAGGUAAAAGAGGACUAAGUGUUGAUGAGCAGAAGGAGAAAAAGAAAUUAAAAAGGAAAGAAAGUCUCUUAAAAACUAAACUGAGAAAGAAAUUUGAAAAACAGAAUAAAAACAAAGGAAACCUAGCAGUUAAAAAGGAGGAAGUAGUUAAUGGAGUCGUAGGGAGUCCGAACUCUAAGCCAGUCAAACCGGUCUACAAUAAGGAAGGAAAACUUGUGUUUAGCAAAUUUGACUUUACAGAAGCUGGUGGCAAAGAUAGGGGUAAGAGUGACCUGAUAGGAAAAGACUAUAAGAGACUGCUUGAAAAGAUAGAAAAACGUCAGGAACGUGUUGAAAAAGUGAAAGAAAAUGAUGCAGAAAAAGGAAAAGAGAUGGAGACGAAAAUGGCUUGGGAAGCUGCCCUGCAUAGAGCCCAAGGUCAAAAGGUUAAAGAUGACCCUGUUCUGGUGAGGAAAGCCAUGAAAAUGAAAGAAAAAAUGAAAAAGAGUAAGCAAACCAAGUGGUCUCAGAGAGAAGAACAGGUGAAAAAGAGGAUGGAUGCGAAGAAUGACAAACGUACACAGAAUAUUCAGGAGAGAAAACAGCAAAAGAAAGACAAAAAAUUAAAAAGAGCUAAGAAAAAGGGAAGAGUUGUAGCAGGGUUUUGAUGCCGUCAGCUUGUUCCUUUAAUCUAAUAAAUUGGUCUUGGUGACAAAACCAAGGCAUAUAAGAGGGGCAUUUUUUACCCAACAGAACACUGAACUGACUUUUGUGUUAUCGUGGUCGAAUAAGUGCAUUUAGUUCAGACCUUUUAACAUAAUUCUAUUGAAAUACUUAGUUCUGAAGGACCUAUUACAAUGAUCAUUUUUAUCAUGACUUCAGUGAUGCUGAAGGACUCAUUACAAUGACUUCAGUGAUGCUGAAGGACUCAUUACAAUGACUUCAGUGAUGCUGAAGGACUCAUUACAAUGACUUCAGUGAAGACUGUUUCCAUGAUACAACCAAUAACAUUUUAAUGAUAGAAAAGAGAGAAAAAAAAGGCCAGAGCAUGUACAGGUUUUAGAAUCAAUUAACGAUCUGGUUGUUACCCUAUUAUUGUUAGCCUUCUUUGUAAAUGAAAGGUAUGUAAUUAUAAUUAAAAACUUUGGCUUUUAAUUGAUCUUUGUGUAAUAUUAACUUUGGGUGAAAUGUCACCAGUUCAUUCACAGAUGAACAGUAAUUUACUGGUAUGUAUACUGUGGGGCCUCUAAAUAUGUUUUUUCAACACUC